UAGAGGACACGUUGCCCUUUGACUAACCGGCCGGACGGCAACAAAUAUUUUUGACUUUCCAUCUUCAUCUUCAUUAAUUCCCGUAUUCUAUAUAUACACCACUCCAUGGCCAUGCAUAUAACCUGCAGCAUAAACUUCUUCAAGCUAUCAUAUAGCACAAUAAAAAACUUAACUUUGAGUUUGCGACGAUUAUUUAGCGACCCAAAAAACUUGAACAUAUAACAGUAAUCUAAUAUUGACGUAUAAAAAGAUGGGAAGAGCACCGUGUUGCGACAAAGAUGGGCUUAAGAAAGGUCCAUGGUUGCCUGAAGAAGAUCAAAAACUUACUGAUUUUAUUCAGAAAAAUGGCCCUGGAAAUUGGAGGACCCUUCCUAAGAAAGCUGGCCUACAAAGAUGCGGAAAAAGUUGUCGUCUUCGAUGGACAAAUUAUCUCCGACCAGACAUCAAAAGAGGAAGAUUUUCAUUUGAAGAGGAGGAAGCCAUUAUUCAGCUCCACAGUUUAUUAGGCAACAAAUGGUCAGCAAUUGCAGCUAAAUUGCCUGGAAGGACCGAUAAUGAAAUCAAGAAUUAUUGGAAUACACAUAUUCGAAAGCGAUUGCUUCGGAUGGGAAUCGAUCCUGUGACUCAUACUCGUCGUCUCGACUUUUUAGACCUUCCUUCUAUCCUCAACAAUCAGUCCUCUCUUCUUCAAAAUUCCAAUGACAAUCAACUAAACUUACUAAAAUUAAUUGGUUUACAAAGUUUAGUCAACCCAAAUCUUUUGGGUCUUGCUUCUCUUCUCUCAAACAAUGCCCAAAACCAAAACAUUCUCUUACAAAACCUUCAAACAAAUCAAUUUUUAAAUGAAAACCCAUGUCAAAUCAUGCAAAACCCAAUUCAAAACACUAUUCCAAAUUGCCUCCCAAUGAUAAUUAAUCAUAGUAAUAAUACACAUUUUAAUGAUACCCAAAUGGUUAAAUCAAGUUUAGAAGAAUACCCAACAAGGUAUAAAAAUUCUGUUGCACAAAACUUUGCACCACAAACUGAUUUAAUGGUAAAUAAUCAUCAAGAAAGUGAAAAAUAUCAAGCCAUAUUAGACUCAUUGUUAGAUACUUUGGGGUUAAAUUCAGCUUCGAAUGAACUGAGAAUGCCAUCGUUGUUAUCAACGCCUUGCUCGAGCCAGCAGACGCCAACACCGCCUUUGAGUGCGUCAAAUUCUGCGGCGUAUCAGCCUAACAGCAGCAGUACUACGAGCAGUGAAGAUGAGAUUGAUAGUUAUUGUCAAAAUUUGCUGAAUUUUGAUGUUCCUGUUCAUGAUCUUUAUUUUGAUAAUACUUUAUGUUGAUGAAUGAUGAUCUUUAAUUUGUAUUAUUUUUAGUUAUAUUGGGGUAUAUUGUAUGUUCUGAUGUUCAGUUUUGUUUGUUGUAAUGUGUUUGUUUUGGUACAUUUUGUAUACAAAAAUUUGCUUGAUUCAUUGUUUUAUCCAAUGAGUACUGCUGCCACUUUUGAGCAAUAUGUUAACCGGACCGAUAUGGCAUAUCUGUGUUACCUGGAUUCCUAUAUCGAUUAAUUUCC